UUUGUUGUUUUAUCGUCACAACAAACAUAAAUUUUUAGAUAACAACGAAAGUGAAAGUGAACCGGAAAAUUUUAUUUUGAAGAAGUUUUUCCUUUAAAAUUUUCCCUUUAAAGCAUGAAAAUUGAAAAUAAAAUGACUAUGAAGAUGAAAUUGAACCCUGAACUCAGCUGUCUCGAAGCUCAGGAAAAAUUUUGGAGAGGUAAAUUCAAAGAAAUUAACGAAAAAUUUGCCGAAGAAAGAAGAAAAAUGGAAACCCUAUUUAUUCAAAUUACUGCAGAAAAUGAACGAUUGAAAAAUGACUUGAAUGAACUCUCGUUGCAGUCCUCUAAAUGCUCAGUUUCAGUUCAAACCUCUCCGAUCGAUAACGAAACCGACGUAAUAUGCAAGUAUUGUCAAAGACCUCUGGUCAAAACGCGGACAGUAUUUCCUAAACAAAAAGAUUUUCGUGAAAAGCUCAAAGAGGAUAAAAGCAAAAGUGAAUUUUUCAUAGACAAUGAUUUAAUCUUACGUGAAAAUACUACAUUCUCGAGAGAAAAAGAUCAUUGCGACGAUGAAUAUAAUAAUAAAAUCAAUGUAGAAAGAACAAUUACGAAAUUAUUUUCAACAAAUGAUCACUCAGAAUCUCAAAAAAUUGCUAAUAAACUCGUGGAACUGUACGAGAAACGUAGCAAAUCAGUUCCUGAUUUAGUAUACGAGGAAACUGAAACUGACUACGAAAAUUCGCUCGAAGCAGGGAAUAGAAUAGUUGUACAGGAUGACAGUGAUUGCAGUCGAAGUGAAAUACUAGAAACAAACGACCUGAUUUCUUCAGACGACUCGGAGAAAAUUUCCAUUUUGAAUGAACCAACUUAUCAACCUGUUGAGACGUCAAAAUAUUCGAAGAGAAAAAACGGAUUCCUUCCAACAGUUCGAAACAUUCGAAAGAAAAUGUUCAGAAAUUUAUCCAAAAUCAAGAGAACCUGUACUGAUAUCAAAUUGACUGAUACUCAUAUGAAAUCUGAUGUGAAAAUUCCCAAUGGAGUCACUUCAUCUUCGAACGUUUCAAAUAAAUUAGAAAAAGAUAUUUCCAAUUCAAAAUUACAAUCCCCUCACAAAACCAGAAACGAAGAAGCUCGACUCGAAGAGUUACAGACUUCUACAAAAUGUCAACUAAUUAGUGCGAUGAAAAAAUCCAAAUCGACGGGAAAUAUUGUGAAAAAAGUUGCUUUUUCAGACGAUCUUCCUUCAAUGAAAACUGUUUCUGAAUCCAAUCUGUUCCAGGUGGAUGAUUAUCGAUUCAAACGUCAGUCAGAUGCAAAACCUUUGUUGGUAGGUUCGGUUCAAGUACAUCGUGAUAAAUUUAAUAGACCGAUACCAGCUCCCAGAUUCAGAAAAAAUAUCGUCGACAUGAAUUCUUCGUAA